AUGUUGGCAUUCUGGCGUCCUCUAGCAUUUGUUGAAAAGCUGUAUCCAGCAAUCCCGGACUUGCCUAUACCGAUUCGUUUCCUCUUCAUUCUUCUCAGUCCAAAGGAGAACUAUGAAAAAGAACGAAUAAGCAUUGGGCGCACAAUCGGAUCGCUUCUGUCGGACGAGAUUUUCCGAAAAGUGGCACUGCACACUCUCGAGCCCUUCACAAUAGCCGAUGCUGCCGACGAAUUCAUCUCACAGAUCGUGGCUGUACCGCCUGGCGUAUGCUCGACUGAGACUCGAUGGGAGCCAAGAGAGACUGAAAUAAAGCGUUGGCUUUAUCGAGUUGACUGGCUGCGAUCCAGCACUAUUGAAUCUGCAAUGCGCAAACUUGGAAUUAUGCCAUUACACAAGCAGACCAGGUCCGUUGGUAUGCUCUACGCUACUUAUCCGGAUCACGAACUUGAGGACGAAGAGGUUGAAGAGUCGCACGGUGGUAUUGUCAGGACAGGCAAACUUUUCGGAGGACUUUGUCAGGACAUAAAGUAA